CUGUAACACCCGGAAAAUUUAUUGUAUUGCUUCUGUGCACCAUCUGCAGUCCGGACUUGUUCAAAUUGAAUGAGUGAAACCAUCAGAAGGGGCCUCUGCUAUCCAACGUUUCAGCAGAGGGAAAGAUGGCAGUGUCUGUGCUGUCUCUGAUCGCCCACCCAGUACACACACACGCACUUCAACCAAAACUCAGAUUGACCAUCUUCUGAGAAAUCAUCAAUGGAGAUUGGAGACUAUUGAAAGUGGGUGGAUUUUGGCCUGAAGGUGCUAUUAGUCCAUUAGAAAUUGUUGUCAUUUCUUUCGGGGCAUUGUCGGCGACUGAUGGAAUCCAGUGGCAAGGAAAAUUUUGGGUCGAGCAAGGGAAAUGGUGAUCAUUUAAGCUACCAUACACACUCAAUACCUUCAGAAUGGAGAUUUUCUGGUGAUCUUUCGAAUUCUUCAUUCAACUUCAUGCCUGCAGACACCUCCAUUCCUGUGUAUAGAGGAGCUCCAGUGGAGCCCUCUUCCUGCCCGUCUGUGUCCAUGGCAGAUUCCUUCUGUGCAACCAUUUGGGAUUCUCACAGCCAUCUUAGUCAAAACCCAUCACUCAAGCAAGCGCAUUGCGAUGAUGAUCACAACCCUGGCAACUCUGGUAUGAGGGACAUGAUCUCUGCUUCGUCUUCCUCAAGACCCGCAUUUGACAUGGGAUGGAAUUCGUUGACUUGUUCAUCGAAAUGUGGGGACUCGUUCGCCCAAAGCGCUGUGGGAAUUCUGCCUCAGGGCUUAUCUCAAUUUCCUGCUGAUUCUGGUUUCAUCGAGCGGGCGGCAAGGUUUUCCUGCUUCAGUGGGGGGAACUUUUCAGAUAUGAUGAAUCCUUUCGGUAUUUGUGAAUCUAUGCCUUCUUACUCAAAAUGUGCAACCGGAAUUGCUGAAACACCUGUCCAUCUGCCUUCUGGUUCGCCCCAGAAUAAUGAAAUGGUUGCAUCUGAAGUUGGUAAAGAUGUUUUAGUCCCAGGGGAACAAAUGAACAGUGGCGAGGAUACCACAAACAAGAUAGAGCAGAAAUUAGCCAACUUGUUGAAGUCUUCUGUCUCAGGAAACACGGAAGAUGGAAAACAAAGAGUCGGAUCGUCGAGCAAUGAUUCUGAUGGUGCAGAAAUUAGUGGUUGUGGACGGGAUGAAUCAUUGCAUUUGGAAACUGCUGUAAACCAACCACCAUCAAAAGGCCUCAGUGCAAAAAAGAAGAGGAAGACUGCGCAGGAUGCUGAAAUCAACCAAGUUAAUAGUUCUUCAUCAUUUGCAAUGGAUACUGGAGAUGACAAUCUUGAAAGCAAACCAAAUAGUGAGCAGCCUACUCAAAGCAAUAACUCGGGCAAGCAUAAUGGAAAACAACCAAAAGAUAAUUCCCAGAGUUCAGAUGCACCAAAGGAAGAAUACAUCCAUGUCCGUGCUAGGCGAGGCCAGGCUACCAACAGUCACAGUCUUGCAGAGAGGGUGAGGAGAGAAAAGAUCAGUGAGCGCAUGAAGUUUCUUCAAGACCUUGUUCCUGGGUGCAGUAAGGUAACAGGGAAGGCAGUUAUGCUUGAUGAAAUUAUUAACUACGUGCAGUCAUUGCAGCGACAAGUUGAGUUUCUUUCAAUGAAGCUUGCAACUGUCAAUCCGCGGCUGGAUUUCAGUAUAGAGGGGCUUCUGUCAAAGGAUAUUCUUCAGUCGCACGGUGCUCCUUCAACUGCUGGUUAUGUGCAUGACAUGAAUAUGGUUCAUCCCAACCUCCAACAAAUGCAGCAAGGGCUGAUUCAAACUGCCACAUCCGGAGUCCCAAAUGUACCCGAUUCAUUGAGGAGAGCUAUUAGUUCUCAUUUAACUUCCAUUAAUGGAUACAGAGAACCAUCAUCUCAGAUUCCAAAUGUCUGGGAAGAUGAAUUCCAUAAUGCUGUUCAGAUGAAUUUUGGUGCUAGCACCCCCCUCAGCAAUCAGGAGAUGUGUGGUAGUAAGUCAAGUGGGCCAACAUUUCCUCAAGACCUCUUUUAAGGUCAUACAGGAUUAAAAAAGGAGAUUUAACAUUUUCAUACAAACCUUCUCUUGCUUGGUGUUCUCAGGUUCAUUGCCUCCAGGUCAUAUGAAAGCUGAGCUUUAGGGCAUGCUUGUUUGUUCAGAUGGUGUCCAGCUUGAUGAUGCAGGUCGAACAGCAAAUUCUGUCCAUCAAGGUCUUUGAAAUUCAGUAGCUUUUUGGAUGUGGAUCUGUUCCAGAGUUUCAAGAAUAUUUUGUAUAGCCGCACUUCAAGUACCAGAUCAUGUUUCUUACUCUGGCUUUGGGUGCAUUCUCCAACCAAACUUUUGCCUUCACUUCCAUUAAGUUAAAAAAUGAAAUAAAAAAAUGUUCAUCGCUGUUUAAGGAGAGAAUCCUCUUCAUCAUUCAGGCCCGAAUCUGCACAAGCUAGUCUAGUGGAAUGCUUCAUAAGCUGGUAGUCUGCAGGAAAGCAAUUCAACGGCCGCUUCAAUAUCUAUUGCUGUUUACAAUAGAGAUCACGGUGGCAUUUUUCCUUUUCUGACAUUGAGAACUUGGAAGUUAAUUUUAAGGAGGUAAAAUGAGAAGAAAAUUAUUAGUUCCAUGA